AUGUCCUUCGGGCUACAAAACUUCCUCAGUUCCCCAACUGUAGAACCUGUUCCCUUGCAACAAAAUCUACAUCCUACUCAAGAGAUGGUUAACGAGGAUUUACAUGGUGUAAGGGUAUUGAAGGUAUGUGAAGAGUGUGGUAAGACAUUUAACAAAACUCCAGCAUAUUUGGAACAUGUAAAGUCGCACAAGCUGUUACAGCAUUGUCAGAAGUGUGACUUUAAGACCAAGGAUAAGGAGAGAUUCAAGUUGCAUAUUAUCUCCCAUCAAAAUGAUAAGUUAAAAUUGAGAUGUAAUAUUUGUCAUGAGCUCUUUGUUAGUCCCAUAUCUCACAGAAUCCACAAGCGGAAAAUUCACAAGCUCUAUGAAUGUAGACAAUGUUCAACUGACUUUACCUCGGAGGAUGUUUGGAGAGAACACAUUUUUAAAGAGCACAGUAAAAAGGGGGGGAAUAUUAAUACUGACCAUGGAAAGAAUGAAACCAACAAAUUAGUCGGUCCUCAAGAUCAGAAAUUUAACUCCCCCGAUAAAAUGCAGCUGAUUUGCCGUCUAUGUAAUAAGGGAGCCAGAAACAAGUACCAGUUAAAGAUACACAUUGCUCAGCACCUUGGGGUAUCCAGUGAUAAGAUAAGUGAUGAUAAUCUCAUUACAGACAUUAAACCGUUACUGUGUGAAGGAAACGUUUCUUCCUCAACACAUAAUGUACAAGAAGAGGGUGGCCAAACUAUGACACCCAAAGAUUCUAUAGACUCAGUCCUUCAAAACUUAUUAUCAAAUGAUAGCAUUACUAUCUCAACCCCCCAGACUAACAAGUUAGUUGUACCUGCCCCUAUACAUUCAGGGCCUCACUUGAGUGAUGUACAAGCCAAAGAGGGAGAUUCAGUUUCAACUACUAGUGAAAGUUCAAUUUUAAUUCAAAAGACAAACUCUUUAUCGUCAACAUGCCUACAGGAUGUAAUUAUUGAAGAAGAUCCACGGGAGACAGAUAUUACUGUGAGGGAUACUAGUAAGUUUCCAAGUAAACUUGCACCAUACCAUAAAAAGAAAGGAACAUCACAACGACGACUGAGGACCCUCAUACCUUGUAAUCAUUGUUCAUCAGCAUUUACAACUAACACAGCUCUACGUAACCACAAGAAGCUGAAACACAUGAAAAGACCAGAGUGUCCAGAAUGUAAUAUAACAAAGACCAGUAGUAGGAAAGUCUUUCAGCACCAGAUUAAAGCUCACAGAGAUAAACUACGUUGCAACUUUUAUUGUUUAGCUUUAUUUGAUACCCGGGAGGAACAAUCUGUCCAUCACUUAAAUGUACAUAAUAGGGAUGACUCAAAAAAUGUGUGUCGAUAUUGUAGAAUGGAGUAUCCAAGAGGAACAUAUGGAAAGCAUCAAGAGGAAUGCAAAGAGGUUCCUGAAGACAGAAAAGUCAUAUCUUGUAAGUUUUGUGAUAGAAAAUUUUACUCAACUAAUACUUUUCUAACUCAUAACAAAGAUUGUGGAUCCUGGCAAACAGAAGAGAAGGAAAGUAAUCCACCAACAGACCAAGUAAAACCUUUACCAUCAAAAACAGAGUUAGGUGCAGAAACAAAUGCAGGUACACCAAUCAAAGUCUCUGAUGAAAGGGAUAAACAGUCACUUAGUGAGGUCACUGACCAACAUGAAAAUGUGAGUACAAGUACUAGUUUACAAGAAAAAAUAUUGGAAAAUCCUGAUAAUCAAGAGAACUUGAUAAAUUCACAAAACAAAAAUCUGGAUGCAGGCAACCAUUUGGAGAAAAGUGUAUCAGAAUCUGGAGGCAUUUUACACAAAUGCAAAUUUUGUUCUAAUACUUUUGAUAACUCUGAAGUUGGUGUUGAUCAUGUAUUAGGUCAACAUAAAACAUUAUUGUCAAUUAUGACCAAGGAACCUCAGGUUUGCCAUAUUUGUAGCAAGACUUUUGUGUCAAGUUUAUCAUACUGUAAACACAUUUUAAAACAUUAUGGUGAACUUGGAUUGUGGGAUGCCAUUGUGCCUGCAGAUUUAGAUAUGGAGAAUAUUAGGAUGAACUGUUGGAUUUGUAAAACUGCAGGCAUGAAAUAUCAUAGGUAUCAUGUUACCACACGAGAUAAAACAAUUGAGAAGCUUUUGUCGAGUCAAGCAAGUGUGGAAUUGGCAUCAAAAGAAGGAGAAGUGUUCCAUUGCUCUGUAUGUGAAGAAUCAUUUCCAUGUAGGUAUGCAUUUUGGAAUCACAUCAAAGUUCACCUUUCUAAGUCAUCAUUUAAAAAUGCUGAAGGAGGAAAGCGUUUUAAAUGUGCCAAAUGUCCAAUGAAAUUCAAGAAAAAAUCUGAACUUUUAGGACAUUUGGGUACGCACCUUCUUCAGUCAGAUGUAAAAGAGAAUCGGCUGCAAUUGAAAACUGGAAAUAGUAAUAAUGAUUGUAAAUUGGGUGAAGGAAAUAAUAGAACAGCACACGGUAAGGACAGUGAGGAACAAGACAAACACGUGAAUGAAAAUAUCUUAGCUGAAAAGGUGUCUGAUUCUACUUCUUAUCCCCAUAAGUGUAAACGUUGCCAAAAAAGGUUUGAAAAGAAGGAGGAUGGAUUAAAUCAUAUUGUGAUGGCUCAUAAAGUAGUUUUAAAACAAAUGAUGUCUGAGACGCAUGCAUGUCACAUAUGUGAUAAGACAUUUAUGAAACCAAUGGUAUUAUGCACUCAUAUAUUAAAGCACUACAGUGAUCUCAACAUGUGGGAUGACCUUGUCCCCAAGAACUUAUUAGAACAAACACAGGACCGAAGAUACUGUUGGAUAUGCAAGAACAUGCUUGGCAGAAAAGCCUCAAGACAUAUCAAUAAGCGAAACAAUCAUAUUGAAAAGGCUUUGUCAAGUAAAUUAGAAGAUUUAGAAACAGAAGAAACAUUCCAUUGUUCAUUGUGUGAUUAUUCUUGCUCCAACAGAUAUGUCUUUUGGAAACAUAUAAUGCUCCACAUGUAUAAAUUUCCCAAAAGGGGUAGACAAGUGGGACUACAAGCAUCAACAGAAUCUCCCAGUAAUUCCAAAUAUUUUAAGAAAGGAAUUCAUGAGUGUAGUGAAUGCCUCCAUAAAUUUGAAGAAAAAUCCAUGUUAAACAAACAUAUGGCAACUCAUUUCCUUUUGCCUUUUGUUCAGGUAGAUGGAAAAUGGAAAACUGAAAGCAGUGAACUUAUGGAAGAUUUGAAAUUAAUGAGUGAGAGUCAUGAUAAUGGUAGCCUGAAAUCUGUCACUCAUACAAUAGCUGUUGAGAACACACAGAAAGGAAAAAUUGAGUCACAAUUCACUAAUGUAUCGAGAAAGUUUGAAGUAGCUAAUGAGGAGCCAGGGGCCAAAAGUGAACUUUUAAAAUGUAUACGUUGCUCAAAAAGAUUCAGAAAUGUGGAGGGAGGUAUAAAACAUGUCUUGUCCUCACACAAAUUCAUGCUUACAAGAAUUGUCAGAGAACCUCUAACUUGUACUGUAUGUGGCACAGUUUUCAAGAGCCCCUGGUGUUUAUGUAAACAUAUUUCUAAUCAUUACAGUGUACUUGGCAUGUGGGAUGCCCUUGUGCCACGAGACUUACUGAAUAUGAUUAACCUUAGGAAUCAGUGCUGGAUAUGUAACUGUAAAUUAGAUAAGAAAUAUGCAGAUCACACUAGAAAACGAAAUAGCCAUAUUGAAAAGUUGUUGACAGCCAAAUAUAACAAGAAUGAAGAUAUAUUUUACUGUUCCUUAUGUAAUAAUAGCUCUUACCCUGACAGACUAGAGUUUUGGAAACAUAUCAGAAUUCAUCUCUGUGUACCACCUGUGCAUUGUAGAUCUCUUAAUGAGCUUUUCAAUACCACAUAUAGUAAUAAUGAUGACAAAGACAAACUCCUUGAAUGUAGCGAUUGCUCACUAAGUUUUACAGAUGAACGUGGGUUAUAUGAUCACCUGGCAAGCCAUUUCUUGGAACAUUUCUCGGAACAAGAUAAUGGUAGCAACGUGAAAGAAGGCAAGAUGCCGGAAACAGAUAGCAGUGAAAAUGAAGGGUGGAUGACAUUACCAAGAAGCCUCAGAAAGAGGAGAGCAAGCAUGAACACCAGAGACACUGAUUUUAAAGUGAAAGUAGAAUGUUGUCUCGAGGAAGAGGAUGAUUAUGCAAUUCAGGUUUAUCAAGGGGACAUAGAUAAUGAGUUAGAAAAUGAAAAGAGAGGUAAUAAGAUGAGGGAAGAAGAAGAUGCAGAUGAUGAAUUUGAGGACACGGGUGAUGAGGUUGAGAUUGCAACGGAUGAUGAGAUUGAGAUUGGAACAGAUGAUGAGUUUGAGAUAGGUACAGAAGAUGAGAUUGAGUCGUGCACAGAUGAAGAAAUUGAUGUGUGUUAUUAG